AUGAUGAAGAAAUGUAGUAAUGCUUGUCAUGACUAACUUCACAAUGUUUAGAGUAUAAGAAAAAAGAAAAGGACUUUAGAUUGGCGCCAACGGCCCCAUGGUGGCGCCAGCGGCUUUGCGGCGCUUCCUGUUCUCGCUCGCUCUCUCUCUCUCCCGUCAUAUUGUUUUGUUGUGCAGAACUUCGCACAUCUAAGAGUAUAAAUAUCGCUUAUAAAUUAACAAUAAAAGAGUUUUGCUUUCCUUCCACGAUGGGAAGUGGAAAGAAGAGAAAGCACUCACGUUCCAGAUCAAGAGAUCGUCACAGGAACCGUGACAGAUCGGAUGAGAGGUUGCAGAAAAUGCAAAUUCAACUGGAUAACCUAACAAGCCAGUUACAAAUCCUAAGUCAGGCACAAAUACCAACACACCAGGAAAUCAGGGGUGAAGAAAAAGAAGGUAACAAAGAGAACGUGCCUAACCUAGCUAAUAAAGCGAUCGAACUCGGUGCUGAGACACCAACAACGAAUGAUAUAUCAACGGUUCCCAAAGAGAUGUUGGACAUCUUAGGAGAAGAUCCCAGCAGCACAAAGGAAAUAACAGUUGAUUUCCAUCCUGAAUUAAAAAUCAGAUGGGAAAAAUGGCUACGAGAGGGUUUUCCAGACGACGAUAAGAAGCCUAUUCUAGAAAAAUAUCCUCGUAAAGGAGAAUUGCUUGUAGAAGCUCCCAAGGUUAAUCUAGAGAUUGUUCCAGUAAUGACAGAUAUUGCUAAGAAACGAGACGGACAUUUCAUUGACACUCAAAAUACAGUGGGCUCGGCAUUGUCAGCCCUAGGGGCUGCAAUCUCAAUGAUUCUGAACGAACCAGAGGACGGAAUUGACUCGGAAACUCUCAUAACUUACCUCUGUGAUGCUGGUAAACUAAUGACGGAUGUUUUCCAUAAACACUCUGUCGCUAGAAGAUCCUUUAUCACACCGCUACUAAGCAAAUCAGUAAAACCAACGAUUGACGGUACAAAACCAGAUGAAUGGCUCUAUGGAACCAAGUUCGCUGAACAAGUUAAGGAGGCAAAAACUAUUGAAAAAGCGUGCACUAACAUCAAAGCUCCCGACAAGUCUUCCAAAAUCUUUGAUAAAAAACCUAAGUAUCAGGAAAACUUCAAAACCCCACCUGCAAAAUACAAGCAGAUGGGUCAAUAUCAGAGACGUCCAACAAUAAGGUUCAGAUCGAGGAAUACACAGUCCAAUCAGAGAACAUCGAAGACUUCGAGUCGCUCAAAGAGUCAGACGUCGACGAAGAAAUAGCUGAGGUAAAGCCAGUCGCAGGUCGCCUUAAAUUAUUUAUAAAUAAUUGGCAUGAAGUAACUACUGAUGAACACACAAUUCAAUGGCUGCAAGGAUAUAAAAUCCCCUUCAAAAAACUUCCCAAACAAGAUAAUCCUCCAAAA